UCUUUCAGCCAGCGCCUGAGAAUGGGUAUCUCCAGGGACAACUGGCAUAAACGCCGCAAGACCGGUGGCAAAAGGAAGCCCUACCACAAGAAAAGGAAGUAUGAGUUGGGUCGCCCUCCCGCAAACACAAAGAUCGGCCCACGUCGUAUCCACACUGUGAGAGUCCGUGGUGGCAAUAAGAAAUACCGUGCUCUCAGGCUGGAUGUUGGAAACUUCUCCUGGGGCUCUGAGUGCUGUACCCGCAAGACCAGAAUCAUUGAUGUUGUGUACAAUGCCUCCAACAACGAGCUGGUUAGAACCAAGACCCUGGUGAAGAACUGCAUUGUCCAGGUCGACAGCACCCCAUUCAGGCAGUGGUAUGAGGCCCAUUAUGCAACCCCCCUCGGUCGCAAGAAGGGAGCCAAGUUGACCCCUGAGGAAGAGGAAGUCCUAAAUAAGAAAAGGUCAAAAAAGAUUCAGAAGAAAUAUGAUGAGCGCAAGAAGACAUGCAAGAUCAGCACCCUCCUAGAAGAGCAGUUUCAGCAGGGCAAGCUCCUGGCCUGCAUUGCCUCAAGGCCAGGUCAGUGUGGCAGGGCUGAUGGAUAUGUCCUGGAAGGCAAAGAGCUGGAAUUCUACUUGAGGAAGAUCAAGGCCAAAAAAGGCAAAUAAAUGUACAGUGCCCAUUUGAUAUCGAAGUCAAUAAAAACAACAAAAUUA